AUGAUAAAAGCUUUAAUAAUGUCAGUUAUUUUGGCUGGAACUAUUCUAGCAUCUUAAUUUUAACACCAUAAAAUCAAAAAUUUGAAAAAUGUUACAGACGAGUAAUGGGAGCUAAUAUUUUAAGAUGAGUUUGAUGGAGACCAAAUAGAUCAAUCUAAAUGGAACAUUGCUAAUAAUUUUACUCAUACUCAAAAAGAGUAAUAAAUUUAUUUUCCCGAAAACGCAUAUACAGAAAAUGGUAAUCUGGUUAUCAAAACUGUAUUUUAGCCCACAUUUUAUGCCCCAUUUAAUCGUACUUAUAACUACACUUCAGCCUGGCUUGAUAGCUCUAAAAAAUUCAACUUUACUUCUGGAUCUAAAAUAGAGGCAAGAAUUUUAUUGCCUAAAACAUCUAAAGGAGAUUAAAUAUGGCCUGCUUUUUGGACAAAAGGGGAAUUAGCUCCUUGGCCAUCUGGAGGAGAGAUAGAUAUCAUGGAGAUGAGCACAAACUGGUAUGGAGAUAAUCUACCUCAUUUAUAUGGAACUUACCAUUGGGGAUAACCUGGAGAAGAUUAUUGUGGAGGUUGCGGCACUAUAUUCCCUGAUUUUUAAUUGAAUUUAGAUGAAUAUAUUAACUUUUCAAUUAUUUGGGAUGAUAACCAAAUUACAUGGUAUGUUAAUGACAUUCAAUAUAGGAUCAAUUAACAAGGAGUUUUUUACAACAAUACAAGUGUUCAUGAGCCAAUUGAUCUUCCUUAAUUCCCUUAAUAUCUAAUUAUAAAUGACGCUAUAGAUGGCUUCGCAACUCCUAACCAAGCAGAAUAUCCUAAAUAUAUGAAAAUAGAUUACGUUAGAGCCUAUAAAAAAAUAAUAACCUCAUCAGAUCAUUGA